CAACAAGCGAGCUUCUAGAAGAGAUUCCGAAUUAAACGCGUGUGCAGAUCAGCGUCCCGAAGGCUAAUAUAAUGGAUGCAACCCCAGGUAUCCUGCCCGCGUGCACACAACACUCAUGAUAAUGACUUUUGCAAAAGAAAUGGAAAUACCUCUCUAUUCUCUGCCUGCUAGUGAAUGUGAUAAAAGGCUGCCGAACGAUACACCCGUCAUACGCAAUAUAUAUGAAGAAGAGGUGAAUCCGUUCGACUUGUUUGCGAAAGCCAGUGCUAGGAGUAUGAGCAACGAAGAAGCAUCAUCGGAUAAAGCGAUAUCUCCCUCUACCAGCUCAAGCGUUAGUCGUCCAAGCAUCGGCCAUUCAUCAAUGUCAAGGGCAGCACCGCCGACCGUAACUGCACCGAUCCGCCAGCCUUUACUCACAGCAAAUACAUUUCCAUCGCACAGCUACGAUCCCUGGUCAACAGUUCGAGCUUCAAGAGCACUCCAGGCAGAUUAUGCAUCCACCCAUCCAGCAGAGUAUGCGCCUGUAGACGAUCGGGCACGAACUUUCCGCCUCCAAGCACCCUUCAUAUACACUACCAAAACAAGCAACAUGCCUUGUUAUCAAAUACAACAAGAAUUCAAUCGUAUUCGAAAGCCGUCAAAACUGAACAUCAGACGGUUACUUCCGAGCGAGACACGGUCAUGCUCCGUAUCCGCAAUACACGCAGCAAGAGGUCCGAGGAUACGAUACGAUGAGGAGGGGACAAUGUACAGCAUAACAUCCUUUGAGAUGCACGGAAAAGCCGACAGCGCGCUGUGUGGGAGCAUUCAGAUUUCAUCAGGAAAAACACUAUGGGGCGGCCAAUGGACACGUAUCUGGCACUACACCAAGCCCAGGAGGGAAUCAACGUCGGACCCAGACUCAGACUCUGGUAUACAACCGCAAAGGAGAAGUUACACGCACGACGAUAAGACGCUGUUAUUCGCCAUCAAAAAGGGGGUGUGGGAGGAUGUUGACGGUACGGUCAUAGCAAGAGAGGAGAAGCGGUGGGGUUAUGGGGAUAGGCUUUUGUCCAGAAGAGGGUCGUUAUCAAGUGGAGAUGGGAAGAUACUAGAGAUGACGGACAUGGGUGGGAACGAUGAGUCGAAGCGGGAUUUGGUGGUCGCGUGUUGGGUCAUGAGGAUAUGGACGAGUGAGGGGAUUAGGUGGGAGGGGGAUGUGAAAGGGCAGUGAUAUGGUGAUUAUAGUAAUUGACGAGAUAGGGCGAAUCUCUUGAAGUCAGCUUGGCUGAAGUCGUAGGUAUAGCGUGAGAGCUAGUGGCUC